GAUGAUCACUCGUUUGAACUCACGUCUUCAUUGUUUCAUCAAACUCACAGGUAUCAAAAAGUUACCAGCUUGGAUCAUGCCUUUAACCUGUUCGAUGAAAUGACACAGAGACGACCCCUCCCAUCUGUCGUUAAGUUUAAUCAGUUGUUGAAUGCUGUUUCCAAAAUGAAACAUUUUUCUUCUUGUCUCUAUCUUUUCAAACAAAUGUGUCUCAUUGGAGUGCCUGUUAACGAGUACUCUAUGAAUAUUGCCAUCAAGUGUUGUUGUCAGAUGUCUCGCACCAACGACGGCUUUGCACUCCUGGCCUGUUGCUUCAGGCGAGCUGUUGUACCCUAUGUCUUCACAUUUAGUACACUCUUAGAUGGACUCAUUCGUGAAGAUAGGAUUAUCGAGGCAGAGAGGCUGUUCAAGAAGCUCAUCAAGCACAAACUCUGUGAACCUAAUGUAGUUAUAUAUUCCACUAUGAUUAAAGGGCUUUGCAAGGUUGGAAAUAAUGAUAUUGCUGUUGGUUUGCUUAGGCUCAUGGAUGAAAGAGGCUGCAAGCCUAAUGUUGUUGUAUAUAGCACCAUCAUUGAUAGUCUCUGCAAGGACAAACUGAUAGAUGAUGCUUUCAAGCUUUUCAAUGAAAUGGUAUCUCACAAAGGCAUUUUACCAAAUGUCAUUACAUACACCUCUCUGAUUCAUGGCCUUUGUAACUUAUGUCGUUGGGACAAGGUCUCUAAGCUGCUAAAAGAAAUGGAGGAUCUAAGGAUCUCUCCUAGUUUGCGAACCUUUAACAUAUUAGUUGAUGCAUUUUGCAAGGAAGGUAGGGUGGAUGAAGCGGAGGCUGUUAUAGACAUCAUCGUUGAGAGAGGCGAGGUUCCUGACAUAGUGACAUACAGUUCACUGAUAGAUGGUUACUGUCUGCGAGGUGAAAUGACCAAGGCAAGGACACUUUUUGAUUCACUUACUUCUAAAGGUCUAGUCCCUAAUGUUGUUACUUACAACAGUUUACUGAAUGGGUAUUGCAAGAGUUUGAAAAUCGAAGAGGCCAUGCAUUUGUUCCAUGAAAUAACAAGAAAAGGUUUGAAACCUGAUAUAGUCACUUACAGUGGUAUGUUACAGGGAUUGUUUCGGGUCGGACGUUGUGGAGCUGCACGCAAACUCUUUGAUGAGAUGCAAUCACAAGGCCUAAUUCCAAAUGAAUGCACUUAUGGGAUAAUAUUAGACGGUCUUUGCAACAACCAUAAAGUUGAUGAGGCGCUCUCUUUGUUUCAUAUGGUGGGUGAUAGCAGGCUAAAUUCUCAUAUUGUGGUGUACAAUAUUCUUAUUGAAGGUGCAAGCAAAUGUAGGAAGCUUGAUAUAGCAAAGGCUCUUUUCCAUGACAUAACUUUAAAAGGUUUGCAACCUCAUGUGCGAACAUUUAACAUAAUGAUUAGUGGCCUCUGUCGAGAAGGUCAGCUAAAGGAAGCAAAGGGUAUGUUUCUUAAAAUGGGUGAGAGUGGCUUUCCACCAAAUAAUGUUACUUACCGUGUUCUUCUCCUAGGAUAUCUGAAUAACCAGAAUUACGAUGAUGUAGAGAUGCUUUUACAUGAAAUGGAUGGAAGAGGUUACUCCCUUGAUGCUUCAACUUUAUCGUUGUUAAUACAUCAAAUCGCAGCUGGUUCACUAGACAAAAGCAUGGUUCAGUUGAUAGGUAGGCUUGUGCCAAAAGAAUUGAUGGACACUCUUGCCUAGAUGACAUAGUCUGGGAGAAACUAAAAUAGUGAUUUGGCAAUUUGUAUUUUAUGAGUUCAAAACCUUUACAUGUUCGUUUAAUGAUGCUUAACUAAUUUCAUGGAUACUAGGUGUUGCAUGUUUUUUUGUUUAUUUUCUGCUUCAACUUUUCAUUUUA